UGUGGUUCGGAGGCGGGGCAGGUGGGGGCGGGCCCAGGUAGCAGGUUCGGCUGUGCGGGGGCCCCCAGGCGCGUCGGAGUUUUGCCUUUCCAGGGUGAGGAUGGUUUUGCACAACUCGGAGUUCUUUAGUUGAAAGCUUGUGCCCUGUUGAGACAGCAUGGACACCAAAUUGCUAAAAACAUACUUUGGGACUGCCAGUGAAUUUAUCUUUUGCAAUUUUAUGACAAACUUACUAGUGGUUCAUUUUUUUGAGUUCAUGUUCUGAAGUCAUUAUCACAAUGAGUUCAGGCUUAUGGAGCCAAGAAAAAGUUACUUCGCCCUACUGGGAAGAGCGGAUUUUUUAUUUGCUUCUUCAAGAAUGCAGUGUCACAGACAAACAGACACAGAAGCUCCUUAAAGUACCAAAGGGGAGCAUAGGACAGUAUAUCCAAGACCGCUCUGUGGGGCACUCAAGGGUUCCUUCUGCAAAAGCCAAGAAAAAUCAGAUUGGAUUAAAAAUUCUAGAGCAACCUCAUGCAGUUCUCUUUGUUGAUGAAAAGGAUGUUGUAGAAAUAAACGAAAAAUUCACAGAGUUACUGUUGGCAAUUACCAACUGUGAGGAGAGGCUCAGCCUGUUUAAAAACAGAAGCCGGCUGAGUAAAGGCCUCCAGGUGGACGUGGGCUGCCCUGUGAAAGUACAGCUGAGGUCUGGGGAAGAGAAGUUCCCAGGAGUCGUGCGCUUCAGAGGACCCUUGCUAGCAGAGAGGACAGUGUCAGGCAUAUUCUUUGGAGUAGAAUUGCUGGAAGAAGGUCGUGGUCAAGGUUUCACUGAUGGGGUGUAUCAAGGGAAACAGCUUUUUCAGUGUGAUGAAGACUGUGGUGUGUUUGUGGCGUUGGACAAGCUAGAAAUCAUAGAAGAUGAUGAUAAUGGACUGGAAAGUGAUUAUGCAGGCUCUGUGGACACCAUGCAGGUUGAACUUCCCCCUUUGGAAAUAAACUCCAGAGUUUCUUUGAAGGUUGGAGAAACUAUAGAAUCCGGAACAGUUAUAUUCUGUGAUGUUUUGCCAGGAAAAGAGAGCUUAGGAUAUUUUGUUGGUGUGGACAUGGAUAACCCUAUUGGCAACUGGGAUGGAAAAUUUGACGGAGUACAGCUUUGUAGUUUUGCAAGUGUGGAAAGUACGAUUCUUCUGCACAUCAAUGAUAUCAUCCCAGAUAGCAUGACACAGGAGAGGAGGCCUCCCAAACCUUCCUUUAUGUCAAGAGGUAUUGGGGACAAAAGUCCAUCCAGCCAUACUAAACCAAAGGUCACAGGAUCUACCUCAGACCCUGGAAACAGAAACAGAUCUGAAUUAUUUUAUACCUUAAAUGGGUCUUCUGUUGACUCACAACCACAAUCCAAAUCAAAAAAUACAUGGUACAUUGAUGAAGUUGCAGAAGACCCUGCAAAGUCACUAACAGAGUUAUCUUCAGAAUUUGGACAUUCGUCACCGCCGCUGCAGGCUCCUUCCAUGAACUCCUUAUCCAGUGAGAACAGAUUUCACUCUCUACCAUUCAGCCUGACAAAGGUGCCUAAUUCCAAUGGGAGCAUUGGUCACAGCCCGCUUUCUUUGUCAGUUCAGUCUGUGAUGGGGGAGCUGAACAGCGCGCCUGUCCAGGAGAGCCCGCCCUUGCCCAUGUCUUCUGGCAACUCCCACGGUCUAGAGGUGGGCUCGCUGGCUGAAGUCAAGGAGAACCCUCCUUUCUACGGCGUCAUUCGUUGGAUCGGUCAGCCCCCAGGACUGAAUGAAGUACUAGCUGGACUGGAACUGGAAGAUGAAUGCGCAGGCUGUACAGAUGGAACCUUUAGGGGCACUCGGUAUUUCACCUGUGCCCUGAAGAAGGCGCUGUUUGUUAAACUGAAGAGCUGCAGGCCUGACUCGAGGUUCGCGUCCCUGCAGCCUGUUUCCAAUCAGAUAGAGCGCUGUAACUCUUUAGCCUUUGGAGGCUACUUAAGUGAAGUGGUAGAAGAAAAUACUCCACCAAAAAUGGAAAAAGAAGGUUUGGAGAUAAUGAUUGGAAAGAAGAAAGGUAUCCAGGGCCAUUACAAUUCUUGUUACUUAGACUCAACCUUAUUCUGCUUAUUUGCUUUUAGUUCUGUUCUGGAUACUGUGUUACUUAGACCCAAAGAAAAGAGUGAUGUAGAAUAUUAYAGUGAAACUCAAGAGCUGCUGAGGACAGAAAUAGUUAAUCCUCUGAGAAUAUAUGGAUAUGUAUGUGCCACAAAAAUUAUGAAACUGAGGAAAAUACUUGAAAAAGUUGAGGCUGCAUCAGGAUUUACCUCUGAAGAAAAAGAUCCUGAAGAAUUCUUAAAUAUCCUGUUUCAUCAUAUUUUAAGAGUAGAACCAUUACUAAAAAUAAGAUCAGCCGGUCAAAAAGUACAAGAUUGUUACUUCUAUCAAAUUUUUAUGGAAAAAAAUGAGAAAGUUGGUGUUCCUACAAUACAGCAAUUGUUAGAAUGGUCUUUUAUCAACAGUAACCUGAAAUUUGCAGAGGCACCAUCAUGUCUAAUUAUUCAGAUGCCUCGAUUUGGAAAAGACUUUAAACUAUUUAAAAAAAUUUUUCCUUCUCUGGAAUUAAAUAUAACAGAUUUACUUGAAGACACUCCCAGGCAGUGCCGGAUCUGUGGCGGGCUUGCCAUGUAUGAGUGCAGAGAAUGCUAUGACGACCCCGACAUCUCAGCAGGAAAGAUCAAGCAGUUCUGUAAAACCUGCAACACUCAAGUCCAUCUUCAUCCCAAGAGGUUGAAUCACAAAUAUAACCCCGUGUCACUUCCCAAAGAUUUACCUGACUGGGACUGGAGACAUGGCUGCAUCCCCUGCCAGAAGAUGGAAUUAUUUGCUGUUCUCUGCAUAGAAACAAGCCACUAUGUUGCUUUUGUGAAGUACGGAAAGGACGAUUCUGCCUGGCUCUUCUUUGACAGCAUGGCGGAUCGGGAUGGAGGUCAGAACGGCUUCAACAUUCCUCAAGUGACGCCCUGCCCAGAGGUGGGAGAAUACUUGAAGAUGUCUCCGGAGGAUCUGCAUUCCUUGGACUCCAGAAGAAUCCAAGGCUGUGCACGCAGACUUCUUUGUGAUGCCUAUAUGUGCAUGUACCAGAGUCCAACCAUGAGCUUGUACAAGUAGCCGUGGUCCUCUGGAGAGCUGAAGAGGCCGCGCGUACAUUCCAGGGUGGCUCCUCCUCGCUGGGGCUUCCGUUCAGCGCCCAUUGCCGGCAGUGGGUGUCUUUGUGGAGAUGGUCUUCAGAAAAGGAUUCAUGUGUUUCCAAAUCAACUGCUUUUGUGUUUCUGAAGUAUUUAAUAAGAAGCAUUUUGCACUCUAGAAAGUACGUUUGUGUUGGUUUUUUAAGAAAUCUAAAUGAAGUUAUUAUUAUCUGAAGCUUUAAGUUAAGUGCAUUGAUCAUAUGGUAUUUUUUGGAAGCAUAAAAUUUUAAUUGUGACACUUUAAACCUAUUUUAGUCCAUUGAGACUGUAAAUAAAUGUUUCUUCUUUAUGGACCAAGGAUAUGAAAUCAUUUUUCCUUUGUAGCUAUCAGAUGCCUUGAGGAAGAAAUAAUUUGGUUUUAUUAAGAGUCUACUUUCAAUCCAGUUGUUAAAGCCGUACUGAGUUGACUUGUUAAUUCUUUCCUAUGCAGUGCUGAUUCUUGCAUGUCUGCAAUCUGCUGCGUUUCCGUGUUUCUGCAAUAGUGGUCAGAGAAUACUGAGAUUCCCUUAGUGGUGUUGUUUUCUAUUUGUUCUGUUUUUGAGAUCAGUGAGUGAUUCUGUCAUAAAAUGUCCAUUUUUGGAUGUAAUUUUCUUGGAGGAUUAGAGUAGUCAGUUGAAGCUCUAUAGUCACAGGAAUAACUGUCAACAAACAGGCUGCGUGUGUGUGUGUGUGUGUGUGUGUGUGUGUGUGUGUGUGUGAGAUUCUAUUUUAUGGAACAGAGAAUGAUAAAUUUUAUGAAAGGAUUGGAAUGAUAAGUAAAUUAUGUAUUGCUAUACAAUUAUAUAGUCUAUAAGAAAAUAAAAUUGGCCUAUAGAAUUACUCAUUAACACUUCCCCGGAGACAUUAUUAGACAUUUAAACCUCUAUUAUUUUAAAUAUUUAAGAGGUUAUUUUAAAUAAAUCUCUAUUUAAAUAAGAUAGUUAUUUUUUAAGUUUGAUCAGUCACACUUAGUUCAGUUUGGUUUCACUUGAGAUAGUGACAGUUAUUAAUCAUAUUUUAUUGCAAAUUAGCAGCAGCUUUAUAGCUUUAUCCUCCUUCUGAUUAAUUAAGUAGAAAAUGGAUGUUUUCUUGGGUACUUUCCAUAGUGUGUGUAGACCACAGUGGAUGUUGUAGACUAGAACAAUAGAUUAUAAAUGUUAAUACUGUGGAAUGUGUAUUCUCUGAGUGUUCUUUUGUGGUGUUUGUUUUUCUGGGACAACUUCCUUUUCUUGCAGAAAGACAGAAAAGAUGUCAUGUGUACAUAGCAUAUGACUUUAUAAAAUGCUUAAUGUCAAAAAAUGGAGUCCUUACCAACCAUGCAGUUAGCUUUUUAAAAGGCAUUUUACCUUUUAGUUUCAUCAUUCCAUCUUGCUGUGUCUGUUAUCUUUAUAAGUUCUAAGAAGGUACAGAAUCGUCUUCAUUUCUUAAUGAAGACGUCUAUACRUUUUGCACAAGGCUUUGUACGGCUGCGUGCUUCGGUCAGGAUGAGGUGACGACUGGAGGAGGCACAGAGGCUGAGGAGCCCUGCUGGCUGGCCCUGCUGGCAUCACCCUGGGCUGAGUGAGGGUUGUGGGUGCAGUGACCAAGCUGUCUUCCAGCUUUGAGCAGUUCAGUCACCCUGUAACAAACAUGCAUUGGAUGAAGAAAUGGAUGAAAGAGCCUAUUGGCAUGAUUCUGAAAGGUCCUGGGUAGGAAGAAUGGGUAGGACUCUAUAUCCAGGUGAGACUGAUUAACAGCUCUAGUGGAAAAUCCAAGCUAAGGAAGACCCAGGGCCCGGCUUGCAAGGUAGAAGAUUGAAGGCUUGUUUGGGUGCUUGCAUAGUUUCAUAGCGUGGGGGUGGAGGCUCCUUUAAGUGGGAAGGUCCUCGUCCAUAAUUGGUCCCAGCAUCUUCUGUAAGUGGAGCUGAACAUCCUUUAGUGUCACUUGGGAGCCAGCAUGCAGUAACGGGUACCAGGGACCAGCACUAGCAGGGGAGGCUGGGUUCUUGCCUUGCUCCUGAGAGCCGUGGGGCCAGCUGGGAGCUUCUUCCCUACCUGUCUCUUCCCGCCCUUCUGGUUCCUGUUUCAGCAGACCGUGGUUUGUCGCSGGCACAGUCAGGGCAGAGACCGCUGAUGUGCCUGUUGGUUUUUUUUCAUUUUCAGUCUUAAGUCCUUAAUAUUUCCUUAGACAUUAAAUGUUUCAAUUAGCCUUUUUUCUUAUCAGAUCUACGUUCAAAAUUACAACAUAGCAGAAUCAUCUAUUUAUAACAUGGUUCAUGAUCCAUAGUUAACAAAUAGAAAAUAUAACAAGUUCCUCCAUGUCCAAAUAAGUGUGUGUGUGUGUGUGUGUGUGUGUGUGUGUGUGUGUGUGUUUAUAGAUGAGGGAGAGAGAGAAGUAACCAUGUUAAUAAUAUAGAGGCUAAGUGUAUCCCAUCCCUCAUUAUCAGCUUUAUAAAGGAGUCUGACUCCAUCCAUAAAAGAAUGUCUCCUAAGACUGGGAAAACAGAAGAAACAGUAACAAAAAUCAGCAUAAUACAGUUGUGAUAAGAAUUUUCUCCUUAGAACAGUUUAGGAUUUUUGUAACUUGUAUUUGUCAAAUGCUUAGGUAAUUCCUAUCCCUUAGUUUCAUUUAUUUUUUCAUAUAUGUCAUUUGAGAAUAAGCAUGAGACAGUGAUUAAUCUUAUGGCACUUAUAUUGUCACUCAGAUUCCUGGUUGUUUAAAUGUGUCCUCUUCAUAAAUCCAGGAGUUAUUCCCCUGUUCAGGGGGAUUGGCUGGAUCUCAAUAUCCUUCUAGGUUAUUUUGCAUCUAUUUGGAUGAUUGGAGACAGAGAUGUGAGUGGAGAAUUAUUCAAUAUGAGGCCUUAGCUGAGUGACUGCCACCAACAGUAUUUAUGGGACAUUGAUUAGGUGCCUAGGAUUGUGUCAUAGGGUGCGUGAGGCCCCGUCCCUGUCCUCAAACAGCUUGUCAUCUGACUUCAGCAGCAGGACAGCUAUUAAUUGUUCUUAGCUUAAGUUUGAGGGUUGUAGGAGAGACAAUGUGGUGUGACGGGCAGGCAGAAGGCUAGGGGACAAGACACCUGGGUCCUUUCUCUGUUCUUGCUCUGUAGCCUUAGACAUCCUGAUUUCUUGAGCUUUAGUUUCUUCCUCUGGAUAAUGAGACGGUUAUGAUUUUGAAUUUUGUAGUAAAAAAUAAGAAAACAAAAAUUCCCAGGUCCCAGGCUAUGCCGACUGGAUGUGACUCCUCAUGCCAGGGCUGGGAAACUGUUGUUGGAAGCUUAUCAGGUGAACCUGAUGACCAGGUGACCAGUCAGGUUGGAAAUCACUGAAGUGGAAGACCUCAAAGGUCCCUUAUCUUUUUGUGAUUAUGGGAUCAUGUAAUGCUGUAGUAUUAAUCAUUCUACAUAAAUGUGAGUAAUUGAAUAUUAAUCAUAUUUAUCAGUGUUUACAUAUGGCUUAUGUAAGAAAUGCAUUUUAGUGUGUGUACCUCAACCUAGGGGUUUUAGCAGUCUUUGGAAUACAAGUCUUAAAAGCAUAUCUAAUGUUAUUUAUCUGGACAUUUUCCUUUCGUUUUAUUUCUUUAGGGGAAAUUGAGGCUCUGGGAGCCAAAGAAAUAGAAAAAUGAAAUUCUUAUGUAAAGUUAAAAACAAUUACAUCAUUUGUUGUUCUCUGCUUCUUUAUGAUGAAAAUUUUAAAAUGACAUGGGAAGAUUUUUCUGUGGGGCAGGGUCCUUUUAUUAUAAAGUAAGAUGUCCUUGUUAAAAAAAGGAGAGGCUAAGGCCUAUAAUAAAAAACAAGGCCGCCUCCCCUAAGGAUUGGUCAUGCAGACACCACCACUAACUCUCCAUCAUUGAAAGUCUUUGAAUUCCCUAAAACCAGUGUGUGUGUGGAGUGGUGGGGUCUGGUGGGAGGGAAGAGGGUGUUAAAAUGGAAA